AUGGGGGUGGCCAAACAUACAGCGGCAACACUGGACCUGGAGCGAGGUGUAGUGAUGGAGAUGGUUGCUGCUGCUUUAAAACCCUUUCUCAUCGAUGGCUACCAACAAGAAGAAGAAGAACCCUUUGAUUUCGCCCGCGAUGAGUUGAUGCAAGAGGGGAGAGAGGAGGGGGCCCCAGCAGCAGACAGGGGGGCCCCCCCUUCCGGUACCUUUUCCCUGGGGGCCCCCAGCAUUGGGGGCCCCCCCCUCGCAGGGGCCCCCGAGGGUACCCACAGAGAAAAUAACAAAGAAGAGGAGCAGCACCAAACCCCAGCAGCAGCAGCAACAGCAGCAGCAGCAGCACAAGCACCAGAAUCAGCAGCACCACCAUCCCCCGAAGCAGCACCACCAGCAGCAGCAGAAGAAGCAGCAGCAGCAGAAGCAGCAGCAGCAGCAGCAGCAGCAGCAGCAGCAGAACAAACCCCAGCAGCAGCAGCAACAGCAGCAGCAGCAGCACAAGCACCAGAAUCAGCAGCACCACCAUCUCCCGAAGCAGCACCACCAGCAGCAGCAGCAGCAGAAGCAGCAGCAGCAGCAGCAGCAGCAGCAGAGUCCCCCUCUUCUUCUCCUAUUGAUGUAUUUGCUGAUCAAUACUUCGAUGCUCAGAUACCCUACACUGAAAUUAUAGAUGGUUACAGGCCGCAGGCCCUCACCUACAUAGACCCUUUCUUACACGCCACCUAUGCACUCACCCUACACACCACACACACACAGCAACGGGGGCACCCAGAGGGGGCCCCCGUUCCUCACGGGGGGCCCCCAGAGGGGGGCUCCCCUGCUGGUGGGGGGCCCCCAGAGGGGGGGCCCCCUGUUGAUGCGGGGGGCCCAGAGGGGGGGCCCCCUGUUGAUGCGGGGGGCCCAGAGGGGGCCCCCCAUGUUGAUGGGGGGGGCCCAGAGGGGGGGCCCCCUGUUGGUGGGGGCCCCCCUGUUGAUGGGGGGCCCCCUGCUGAUGGGGGGGCCCCUGUUGAUGGGGGGCCCCCUACUGAUGGGGGGGCCCCAAGAAGAGAGGGAAACACAUAUGGGGGCCCCCAAGAGGGGUACAACUCAGAAAGGGUACAGAGAGAAGGGGGGCCCCCACACGAGUCGGGGGGGCCCCCAUGCAGGACGCCCCCAGGGGGCCCCCCAAGUGGGGGGGCCCCUUUUAAAGAUUCAUAG